UAUGUCUCUUCUACAGUCCCCAAGAUGUUGGUCAACUUUCUCUCAGAGACAAAGACAAUCUCAUUUGUUGGUUGCAUUCUACAAUUCUAUUUCUUCUUUUCUUUGGGUUCAUCAGAAUGCUUCCAUUUGUGUGCCAUGGCUUUUGAUAGGUAUCUUGCUAUCUGUCAUCCCUUGCACUACCCUAAUAUCAUGACUGGACCUCUCUGUGUCAAACUAGUUAUUGCAUGCUGGGUUUGUGGGUUUCUGUGGUUCCUGGUUCCUAUUGCUUUCAUAUCUCAAAUGUCCUUCUGUGGCCCAAACAUUAUUGACCAUGUUGUAUGUGAUCCAGGGCCACUAUUUGCAUUGGCAUGUGCCUCUGCACCAAUAAUACAAAUGUUUUGCUACAUUCAAAGCUCAUUAGUUAUUUUAGGUAGCUUCAUAUUCAUCCUUGGAUCCUAUACUCUUGUUCUAUUAGCUGUGUUGCGUGUCCCAUCAGCAACUGGGAGACGUAAAGCCUUCUCAACCUGUGGCUCUCAUCUGACUGUAGUAUCACUGUUCUUUGGCCCCCUGACUGUCAUGUAUGUGAACCCAGGACUUGGACACACUGCUACGAUGCAAAAAGUCACAACCUUGUUCUAUACUAUGGUUACCCCGCUUUUCAACCCCAUCAUUUACAGUCUCCGGAAUAAGGAAAUGAAGGCAGCCCUGAGGAAAAUUCUGGGAAGUUGCAGCAUAAACUAA